CCCGACUGACAGACUUCCCGAUGCAAUCGUCUGAUAUAUCAAAUAAUGAAUAUCAUGGCAUUGCGUUUCGAUGACCGCCAGUCCUGUACACUGACUAACGUACAUCUUCCGUAAAAUAACAGCAAUUCCUCAAUCGCCUACUCUGAUCAUUGCAAGAAAAAGACGUUCCACGCGGACUAGAAACAUUUGAUUUCAGCACAUUUUCAAUCAUGUCCAACGAAGCGUCAUCACUAGAGGCAGUAUUCCAAGCAGCCCGAGACCAGACCCCGAAAUCUCUCUCAAAGGAUGCUUGGUAUAUUAUAGUUACAGCGACCCUCAUCACCGCAGAUGGCGGAAAACACGUCGGCGAACUGUACAAGUUCAUUAUUAAAGAGCUCGGAAGUGAUAGUUCCCAGGAAUCACGCCGGAACGUAUCCCGACGGUUACGCGCUGUAAUUCUGAAGUCUUGGUGUCUGGCCGGCAUGCCGCGUUGUAGCGACGCCUUUUUCGCACUCAAGCGCGUGGAACCAGAAGAAGAUUCAGCGCGAGAGUGGGACCGGAAGGAGUAUGCCGCUGCACCUGAACGUGCCAUUCAACGUCGCAAUGAGUGGUGGGAAAAAGUGUUCAAGCCAGAAGAAAUUGCUAGAAUUGAAGGCACGUAUGCCAAUGAGGAAGAUUUCACUUGGACCGUGGACUACGUUAUUUACGGUCUAUUCUUGGGGGAUCUGAACGUUUUGUCUACGGUGGAGAACGAAUUGGUCACUCUGUCACUCACGAUGGGACAAGGCGCAUAUUACACAACUUUGGUUCACUUACGCGGCACACGAUACAUCGGCGUGAACGCCAAAGAUGCGGAGGAGAUUCAGGGUGUCAUCGAACUUGUGGCUAAAUUCCUGGGCAAAGAUACCAGCUCAUGGCCAAGGUUCAAGCAAGUCGAAGACCAGUUCCCAUAGAAAGAAUUAGAUACUUUGUGAACGGAAACAAGGAAGCUACUAGUGUUCACUAGCUUUCCUUAGGCCCUGAGUAAGAAUGCUCAAGAGCAAGACGUGUGUUGUAUUCAUCUCUGGGUAUUGAUUUUAUUGUUUGUGCUCAGGGCGCCAUUAAUUAGCUGCACGUUGUUUUACUAUCUAACAUGCAACGACGCCUACUAAAAGAGCGGCAGGG